UGAAAAAAAAAACUCAAUUUAUUGCAAAAAUAAAUAAAUAAAUAAAUAUAAUAAAGGGAAAAAUAAAUUGACUCUGCCCACCUUGUCUUCUGCCCUUCUCAAUUGACCCCAUUCCAUUCUUCCCUCCAUUUCCAAGGCAGGCAGGCAGGCAAGGCAGCCAUGAAAACCAACCACCACUCCAAGCUGAAGCCUCCGCCGAGGACCCUCUUCUCCUGCGCCUUCUUCCGCCACUGUGCCACCCCCCAACCACCCUCCCCAAGCCCCCCGGCCGCCCCCACCCCACCUCCCCUGCCCCUCUCCCCUUCCCCUUCCCCCUCCCCUUCCCACCACCCCCAGGCGGCACCUCCUCCGCCCACCACUCCUUCCCCUCCACCGCCACCUCCGCCCCCACCUCCUCCUACAACCACCGGCACGAAGCCUUCCUCUUCGUCAUCAUCGUCAUCCUCCUCCGCCUCCACCUCCCAGUCCUUCACCCAGUGGAAGUUCCCCCUCCCCACCUCCCCCCUCCGCCCAUCACCACCCACCCGGCCUCCUCCCCCGCCUCUCCCUCUCCCGCCGCCCAUAUCCGCCGCCAACCUCCAAGAAGUCUUCCACCUCGCCGAGCUCCAGCUCUCUCCCGGCUCCCCGGACCCCGACCGCCUCUCCGCCCUCCACCUCCUCGAGCGCUCCCUCAUCCCCAACCCGCCCCCGGAGCCCCCCUGCCCCGCCGAGCUCAUGCGCCGCAUCGUCAACUGCAUGCGCACCAAGCCCAGCGCGAAGCCCGCCACCAAGAUCCUAUUCGCGCUCUGCUUGGCGGGAGACAACCGCCGCGUGGCGGUGGAGGUCGGCGCGGUCGGGGCGGUCGUGGAGCUGGCCAUGGAGCUGGACGUAACGUCGGCGGAGCGCGCCCUCGCGGCGCUGGAGCUCAUGUGCACGGUGGCAGAGGGGGCGGCGGAGGUCCGUGCCCACGCGCUCGCAGUGCCCGUGAUGGUGGCAAUGAUGGCGAGGAUGGAGGGGCGGGGGCGGGAGCACGCGAUCGGGGUGAUGGCGGUGAUAUUCGGGGGCGGCGGGGAGGAGGGGUUGGCGGCCGUGGCGCCGCCGAAGGAGGUGGCGCGGGCGGUGGUGCUGGCCCUGCAGGGGGACUGCAGCGCCAGGUGCAGGAGGAAAGGGGCCCAGCUGCUGAAGCUGCUGCAGCAGAGCGGGGACGGACGGUUGGAUCUGUCGCAGGAGGGAGGAUGAACGGUCCCAGAUUGGUCGAUCAUAGAUCUGAGGUUCAGUCGGUGGGGCCCGGUCAACGAUAAUCGAUCUUUGACUCAUCCACUGUCUGUCUCUGUCUCCGUGGGGUUAACAUCAUCAGAAAGGAAAAUGAUUUCGCUCGUCUACAAUUUAUUUAGCUGAGUUGUUUUCGUCAGUCCAUCAUCAAUCUCAUGCAUUAUAUGUACACAUAUAACUAUAAUAAUUUAUGUAAUCUAUUAUAUAUAUAUAUA